ACUGACAAGCCCAAGGGUGUGCGUACGCUCUCGACGACAGCGUCGCUUGGCUUUUCGUUGCUGGGCCUCUUCUCGGCCCGCAGUGUGUCGGACGUGCUCGGCACGAGCGAGAGCUCUUCGAUCGUGCGCGAAGCCUCGCCGGCAGCGAUGACGAAGCAGCCGUACACCCUUGUGUUUGUCAGCUCGACCGAGUGGGGACCUGCUUGCUGCCCGUACGUGGCUCCCGCUGACACAGAAAUUUCCGAGCAGGUGCGCCUAAGCUCGCUCCAGCGCCAGCCGGUGCUGUUCCUGCGUGGCAGCGCUGACACGGUGGUGCCGUCGUACCUCGGCCACGGCGGCCUCUUUACGAGCACGCGCGGUCCCAUGUCGGGCCUCGUCCUCCUACACCCCACGUCCAAGGAGGCGCUCCAGCAGGGCGACUGGCCCUCUGGCACGCCUGUGCUUGUCGUGCCGGAAGGCUCAGACACGUCGGCCUGGGAGGGCGUUGUGCCUGCGCGCCGUACGACGGUGCUCGGCGAUGCGUGGCAUGAAAAAGAAGGCCUGAUCAAGGAAGUCGAGAACUGGCUGCGCUACCAGGGCCUGUAG